CGGCCCUUAGAAUAAGCGCAAUGUGAAAUUUCACCCACAACUAUUCGCUUUAUUAUAAACGCACACUGACCCGCUUUCAACACAAAAUGUUUAGUUUUAAUCAGUUUUUGCCAUACAAUCAACAAAAUUUACAUGGAAAAUGACUUUCGUUUACAACUGUAGUGAUCAAAAUAAAAUUAUUCAAUUGUGAUUUUUGUAUAGUUUUAGAUAUGGGUAACGAACAAUUUGCACUGACUAUAAUUUGCAUCGUUCUAGUGGCCGUGCUAUUAAUUUUAUUUUUUUACAAUUCCCUCAAUAUUAUCAGUUGGAUGAAUGCGUGGAUAACGUCCAAUAAAGAAGAAAAAGUUGGACUCACGAAACUUAAAGGACAUUACAAUGCCAACGGAUAUUUGGUUCAUUCAGAUUCAGACAUUGCACUGGACUGGAGUAGUGGUAGCUUUAAACGAUUCGAUUCAGUCGACAUAGAUUUUAAAACUUCAAUAGCUACCACUAGCCUGACAAAUUGGCAAUCAGAAACGGAGAUAGAAGAACCUGAUCCUAUACCUCCACAACCUUUAAGACCAGCUCCGGUACCCACAACAACAAUUUCCAAUAGAAUAGAUAUUGAUGCUGCUGCGGCAGAAGAGCCUAAAUUAAAGGAGUUUGUUGUUGCCAGAGAACCAAAAUUUAUUAUUGAAGACAGUAUUUCCACAACAAUAUCACCAAUACCAAGACCAGUGAGCUCUGUGAAUAUGGCAACAUUAGCUUCCCAGUCUUCAUUUCCAAUCAGCUUAGAACCUCCACCGGCAGCACAAUCCAGAAGCGUGUCCAGAACUCAAAGUGCUCCGCUGAAAUUGUCGGUGCUGAACCAACAACUACAGCAGAGUAGUGAGCCAGCCAAGGAUAGUUUUGAUAAGACUGAAAUUAACUCCUCAAAAGCCUCGGAUGAGACUGAAGUUGUCGCACCUGGUGCCUUGAAGAGGGCGAUUUCCUGUGAAAGUGUUUGUUCUGAGACUUCGGUAGCCUUGGGCGAUUUGGAGGAGUAUAAUGUAACAGGGUAUUUGUGUAUUGGACUAGAAUACGACAGCGAAAGCUGGGACUUUAUCGUGAACGUCCUCGAAGCCAAAGACUUGAGCGGAGUAGCCUAUAACAACGGAUUUCUGGAUACGUACGUGAGAGUCUCACUACUGCCUGAUAAAGAAGCCACGAUCCAGACGAAAGUGUAUCGUAGCACUAGCAGUCCCAGUUACAAGGAACGAUUUUUGUUUACUUUAAAUCCUCGGGAACAAAUGCAGAGAACGUUGUCUCUGCAGUUAUACGUCACUGAUGUUUUAUCCCAUACGCUGAUUGGCGAGGGUGAAUUAAGGUUAACAGAUGUUAGUCUAAAACAACCUGUAACUACCUGGGUUUCUUUAACAGAUACAGGACAGAAAGGUACUGAAUUUGGUGAAAUUAUGUUUUCGCUAAGUUACUUGCCCACAGCCGAGAGACUAACAGUGGUAGUGGUGAAAGCUAGAAAUUUAAAAAUUCAACCUCCAUCCCCAAUGGAGGUGUUCGUCAAGGUAUAUUUGAUGCAGCAAAACAAGAAAAUCAACAAAAAGAAAACCUCAACCAAAAAAGGGGAAAGAUGUCCGAUUUUCAACGAGGCAAUGAUGUUCAGUGUACCUGCUCAUACUUUAAAUAGUAUUCAGAUGAGGUUAACAGUAGCAGAAAUGCCUUCAGACGACAACGUUAAAGAUACCCCAAUAGGCCACGUGAUAGUCGGAGGACAGGCCAGCGGAAGAUCAUUAAGUCAUUGGAAUCAAAUGUUAACUGCACUCAGGAAACCAGUGGCGAUGUGGCAUUCCCUUCGAAAAUAAAACUUCAACACAAAUAUCUGUUGUGCCUACUAUUUCACAUAAGCCCUGUUCUGGUCCACUUCAGCUGGAUUGAUAGCACACUCUUUACAUGGACACUGGAUUCAAUAUUUAUUGACCAUUCUCUAGCUUACAAUUCAUCUGAAGUGUGUUCCAAUUUACCUUUAUAAUAAUCCCGAACUAUAGCCCCAAAAAACUAUAUUUUUACAGAAUCUAGAGAAAUUGUGUUUGUUGUAUAGUUUAUGAUAAUGUUAAAAACUUUGAAAGAUUAAGAAACUCAAUUUUUUUCGAAGACGUCGAGUGACCACCCUUACCAGGCAUUCUCUGCCAGAGAUUUGUAAAUUCAAGGGUGUUGAAUUCAGGGUAAACAUUUUUUUUCUGUAUAUACAAGUAAAUACAUGUUGGAUAUAUUUCUUAAUUGUUUUCGGUUGUCAUAUUUCUAACUAAUAAUCAAAAGCCGAUUUCGACAAUCUAUUUUAUCAAAAACGCUAUAUGUAUGUGUUUACAUAUUACCACUCCAUGAUAUUUUUGUGUUUAGUUCUAAUAACAUAUUUACUGGAAAGUGAAAGUAAAAUUAUCCUUUUUUAAAAUAUGUACUUACAUUUUUUACCUUAAACUUUUAUGACAAUAAUAUGUAUUUCAAAUUCUUAUUACAGUAUUUCCCUAAACCCUAACCCAAGUCCUAUCGCUUUUGUAUAAUAAUGCUGUGAUAAAUCAAAAUUAUACUGGGCCCACAAAAUUUCUAAUCUAUCCUAACGUACUGUUUAACAAAAAAUAGAGUUAUCUUGCAAUCAUAAUUAACCUUUA